CACGGCUUUGACAGUGUUCCGUGGCAUAUGUGGACGGCGCCCGCUGCAACCUGAUCCCGCCUUCACAACUCGCGGCCUCGCAAUGACAGCGAUACGCGGGACUCGGAUUCACUUUCCGUUUCCGCGGCGCAGAUCUGUGUUUUGGCGGCCCUGGCGCUGCUGACUUUGCUGGAUCUAUAUGAUCGAUGCCCUUUCCUCACGUUGUGUUCUCCUGCUGUCCGACCAGGUGCUGGCCGGGAUCCUGGUGCAGCGUGAGGUGCGCGAGACGCGCCAGCUGCGGGUGCGACGCGGCGGCGGCGAGACCCGGGCCGAGAGCGAGCUGUCGUGCUCCAGGAUAGAGGCCCAGCACAUCAACAACGGCUGCAACACGUCCACGUCGUCCAACACGUCCGCCACGUCGACGCUCUCGAGCGGCACGAGGGGCGCGCUCGACGCGGUGCUGCUCGUCGGACAAGACGACGUGGACGCCGCGUACCGCCAGCAGCUGGAGGAGUCCCUGCCGCUGCCACUGCCACUCGACCUGGACCUCGACCUGCAGCUGCCCUCGCCCCUGGCCUUCGCCGACCCGCCGGCCGAGUACGUCCCCGAGUACGCCUCGGAGUACGACGAGCACGUGGACCUGUCCCACGACGACCUGGAGGACAUGCUGCCGCCGCCGCCGCAGGAGCUCCUGGACGGACUCAAGGAGAGUCGCGACUGGCUCCAGCUUCGCAUCCUGGAGAGCACGCCCGAGCUGACGCGCCUGGGCGCCACCCUGGAGGAGGCCCUCCAGCUGCAGCGCACUCACCACGAGGUCCUCAUCAAGCUCCAGAGCAAGCAGAGCCCCGUGGAGGAGCUGCUGCGCCAGGCGGACCAGCUCAUCUCCACGCAGGGCGCGCGGCCCGAGGUGUACGCCGCCAUGGCAGAGUCGCUGGGCGCGGCGUGGAAGGACGUCAACCACCACCUCGACACGCGCAAGAGGGUGCUCGACCUCAACGUCAACUACCACAGCCGUGCGGAGGAAUGCACAGAACGAAUGUUAGCUUUGCAGCUGGCCUGCACUGCUUCGACUGCACCCAUGCAUACUGUCAAUCUGAACACGGUGGCUGAGUGUGAAUCAGAGUGCGAGUCAUUGAAAGUCAGAUUGGCCAAAAUUCACGACUUAAGAAGAGCUAUGCUGGAGACCUUAAUGCUGGCUCUGACUGAUGGCAAGACCCUCCUCGAAUUACUCCGUGGCAUUGCAGCUGAAGGCUCUGUUGACUCACGCCCUGACACUAUGAGGGUCUCUACAGAAUACGCAAUUUCACAAGUGGAGCACUGGCUGGAAAGUCUUCAUGAUCGCAGACAAGGCCUUGAUCUUACUUUUAAUGAAACUCGAUCAGAGCUGGAGCAAAGGCUGGCCCUUGCUAUGCUAGGAGCAGAGAGAGCAAAGAUUGAAGAUUUUCUCUCAUCAAAAUCUAGACAACUGCGUGCUGAGCCCAAUCAACUCGGUGAUUCAGAAGCAAGCAGUCAGCUUUUUCUUCAUGAACAUCUAAAGUUGUUUACUGAAGCAAAAGACAUUCAAGAGAGGGCUCUCAAGAUGACUCAUGCCACCGAACAGCUUGCAGCAACAGGUGUCACUGCAGCAGAGUUAGCAGUCACCCAAUCAUAUGCUGUCCUGAAUGCUGCCGCAGAAUAUUUAGACAUGUGUGAUACUCUUCAAUCUAUGCUUGAGCGUGCAGUAACAUUCUACCAAGCGGCUCAUACUGCCUUGACGAAACUGGACCAACUGGAGGUUCAAUUAACGACCACUACUCUUCCCCCUUCAUCUCAAGAACUAUCUGUUCUACAUGCUCAGAUAGCUGCUGCUGCUUUCAAUGUUUCUGAAAAUGCAAUUGAACAGGGUUUGGGAAUAAUAGACACAGCAAGUAAUAAUAAUGCUGGGGCAGAGGGUGUGAAACGAAAUGUUGAAGAAAUUCAAAAUAGAAGAGAUUAUGUAGAAAGUUUAUGCACUGCCCACAAAGAAGAAAAUAUUAAGUUGCAUCAGGCUAUAAACAAUUUCUUGGAAAAACAUAACAAUCUGUAUUCAUGGUUAGUGAGCCGUGGAGAGGCAUUCCUGCAGGGUCACCAGGAUAUGGGAAGUGUCUUAGCUAUGGCCCGAGAUUUCUGUGAGGUCCAUCAUAAACUUAUUGUUGAGCUUCAGAUGAAAGGAACUGAAAUAAACAAUUUACUUUUGACACUUCCUCCAAUAUUGGAACAAGUGGAAGAUGAUCAAAGGAUUGAAAUUGAUCAAAAAGUUGAUGCGUUACAUAAUUUAUGGCUACAUUUAAAACAAUCUCUAGAGUGUCGCAUUGAUUUGUCUGCACAAUACCUCGAGUUCCAUGAAAAAGCAGUGCAAUUGGCAGAACAGCUAGAUUCCUUGGAAGAUAGCUUCAAAAAUUUGGACUCAUCUCAGGAACAGCAGCAGAUUGUUGAUGAUAAGUGGAAAAAUAUUCAACAAAUGCAUAGAGACAUUAAAAACUUAGCUCAAAGUUUUAUUGAAGAGGCUGAAAAGGCUUCAGAUCCUUACUUGGACACCAAGAGAGCAGUUUUGUGUGUGGAGACACUACUUGAGCACUUCUCUGGGCGUCAAAUCACUACUUCUGAAUCAAAAGAGACAUGGCAAAAGACUGUUACCAUUGAGAAGGAAACACGUGUUCAGUGGCAGAACAACCUCAUGGAGAGCUCAAGGACUGUUGACUGGGUCUCCAAGCUGGAUGCACAGCUUUAUCCCAUUCUCACCUCAGAAUCAUCUUCAGCAACAGUUAUACGGGAAAACUUAGAGAAGAAACUUGAAGUUGUUAUACCGGAAGUACGCAAAGCUCAAAAUGAAAUAGACGAACGAAUUAAAAAUGUUGAGUCCUUAUCUGAGAAAUUGGCUGCAGAAGAAGGUCAAAAUGAAGAUGGCAAGGAUGUUCUUCAGAAAUUGACUGACUUACGAGGAAAACUUCAAAGUGUCCUCAGUGAUUAUCAAGUCUUAGUACAGCUGCUUCUCUCCUUCUUCAAAAAUGUCUCUGAGUUGGACAAAACAAUUGGAAACUUCCAACCUGGAGAUCAAGAGGCAGCUGAUGGAAAUGUAGAGACUCUCCUACGCGACCAUGAUGCUUCAAAACAAGCGGUAUCAGAACUCUUCAAAUUUACAGAAAGUGAAAGUCAGCAAAUAAUUGAAAAAAUUAGACAGCAGGAACCAGCAGAAGCAGCAAAACUUGAUGAGGAGUUUUUGAGAAAGCUAUUAGCAGACAAACAAAAAGCUUGGGAAGAGUCAAGUGGGGCUCUAAGAACAAGAUUGGAGAAAAAUCAACAACAAGGUGCUUUUGAUCGCGAUCUUGCUCAAAUUAAUUAUGCAAUUGCUGACCUGGGUAGGCAACUAGAAGCCAUCAGAGGCCAGUACGGAGAAUCCCUCAGCUCUGCUAAGGCUACUUCAGCUGCAUUUGACUAUUUUGAAAAGACAAUUGAGCUACUGGAGCAACGUAUUCAAACUUUUGUCUCCACUACCAAACAAGUCCAAUCAUGUCAAGAUAAGAAACCUAGUGAUGCUGAAGCAUCCCAUGUAGAAAAAGAACUGAAUGAACUCCAACAAAGAUGGAGUGACUUCCGAAGCAAAGUUGCGGAGAGUAGGAAAUUAAUUGCUCUGAGCAUCCAAUACUUCCAACUUGUUGAUGAGGCUGGAGAAUGGUUUAAAGAGGGUAGCCGUCUUCUUGUGAGUAUUGCUCGUCGUUCUGCUGCUGUAAGAUUCCCAGAGUCAGCAAAUGAGCUGUUAGCUGAAAUGGAAACAUUUCUAAAGCCAGGUGAAGCUAGGCAAGAUGAACGGAUUCAGAAAAUACUUGAACUUGCUGAAACACUUUAUGGUGAGGAAAAAUCUCAACAGGUGAAAGUAGUACUUAAAGAAAAUAAGGAAAUGCUAGAUUCAUUCUCAACCAUCAGCAAAGAGUUGAAUAGCUUGGCCAAGUCUUUAUCACAGGCUGAAAGGGUUGAACCAGUUACUUGUGAGGAAAUAAAGGUAGUUCUGGAACCAACUGAAAGCCAAAAUAUCUCAUCAAGUUCAACAACUAUUGGAAAUCUGGUCAUCACAGAACUUAUAUCAGAAACAGCUGGUACAUUGGAUGAAAUGGACACAAGCUCCCAUAAUGGUGAAGUUCAACCAAAUAUUGAAGAACCUCCCAAAGAGGAACCUGUUAUUGAGUCUACAGUCUCAUUAAAUGCUGAGCAGACAGAGGGCAGAGUUGUUAUUGAAGCCUUGUCGUCAGAUGAGGCCACUGAAGAUGUGCGUAAAGAAGUACUCAUCUCUCCUCAAUUUACUGAACCAUUAAAAGAUGCUUCUAUUCAAGAGGGAGGAAAAUUCACCUUUGAAUGCAGGGUGGUGGGCUCUCCUAAUCCAGAUAUUGUGUGGGAAAAGGAUGGCAUUUCAAUUAGUAAUAAUCCUGACUACAUGACUACACAAGACGAAACUCUAUGUACCUUAACUAUAGAGGAAACAUUUACUGAAGAUUCAGCUCGCUUCACUUGUCGUGCUACCAAUGUAGCUGGAUCAUCAGAAACAAGUGCCACGUUAAAUGUUAUUGAGUCUGAACCUGAGGAACAACUUCAUCCACCGGUGUUUUCAACCCCCCUGGCAGACCAAGUGGCAAAAGAAGGAUCUGCCCAUACUUUAGAGUGUAUUGUGGAGGGGCUACCUUUGCCCACUGUUCAGUGGUACAAAGAAGAAAACUGUAUUGAUGACUCACCAGAGCUUGCCAUCACAUAUAACAAUGGUCAGGCAAAAUUGAGACUUGAACAAGUUACCCUUUCAGAUCAAGCUCAGUACACCUGCAAAGCUAACAAUACCCUUGGCACGGCAAGCACUUCAGGACGUCUCUCUGUUGAAACGGUUCAAUCAACAGAGGGUCCAUCAUUCACUUCUCCUCUCUCUAAUGUUAUGGCAAGAGCAGGUCAAAAGAUCAAGCUUGAAUGUUGCAUAUCUGGAACACCCCUUCCUUCACUUGUAUGGACUCAUGAUGGCAAACCUUUGAAAGAAUCCCGGGAUGUAAAGACAUUCUUUGAAUAUGGGAAGGCAACUUUAGUCAUACCUGAAGCUUUUCCUAAGGAUGCUGGAACUUAUGUUCUGACAGCAAGUAAUGAUUCUGCAGAAGUUACUUCUUCUUGCACUGUCACUGUUAAGGGGCGUCUUCCCACAGAGACAUCGGAUUCGGAGCUUGCAAGUGAUAUGGAACCCAUAAAGCCAUCUAUUCAAAUGUCUUUGAAAGAUACAGAAGUCAAAGAAGGAGAUAAUAUUAGACUUGACUGCAUUAUUGUUGGGCAACCAGAACCAGAGGUAAUUUGGUACCACAAUGACCGUCCGGUAAAAGAAUCUGCAGAUUUUCAACUUCUGUUCCAUGGUGAUCGCUGCUCACUAGUUCUAAGAGAAGCAUUACCAGAGGAUGCUGGUUUGUAUCGUGUUGUUGCUAUUAACUCCGCUGGAGAAGCCUCUAGUCAAUGCCAGUUAGGUGUUCUUGCUGCGGAUGUAGAAGGAGCGAAGGAAAUUCCAGCAUCAGAGAGCAGAUCAAAAGCAGUCUCAGAGGAGAUUGUGGCUAUUGCCCCUAAGUUUACACGCUUACUUGCAGAUGUUUUGGCUGGUGAUGGGGAGUGUGUAAAACUGGCAUGUACUGUGGAGGGAACUCCGAAACCAACCAUAAGAUGGUGCCAAAACAACAAAGAUAUUUCUACCUCUGAUCGCAUCAAGAUGCUAGAGGAAGAAGAUGGAACAAUAAUUCUAGUCAUAGACUCAGUCACUGCUGAUGAUAGAGGUGUGUACACUGCUAGAGCAAGUAACAGCCUUGGUGAAGCCAAAUGUUUCUCAAAUCUAAUAGUCAAGUCAGCCCUAUCGGAAAGUAAGACAUUAGAAUUGGCAGACCGGCAAAUUCCUCCUAGUUUCAAGGAACAAUUUGCAGAUUCUCUAGUUUUUCGAGGAGCACCAAUCAAGUUUGAGUGCAUUGUGGCUGGUAAACCAGCUCCAAAGGUGCGCUGGCUUUUCAAUGGUGAGCAGGUCUCUGGAAAGAAUUUUCUUGUGUCAAAGAGUGGUGACAGAGAUGUUUUGUCAAUACAAGAAGCAGAUAUAAGUGGUUCUGUCUCUUGUACUGCUGAAAAUGAUGCCGGAAAAUGCGUUCUUUCUGCCAAUCUUACUGUGCAGGAGCCCGGUGUGAUUGGACUAAUGUCCGGACCAGAUGGGGGUGGGGUUUCCUCCUCGGAGGAGACCUCACAGUCAUUUACAAUGAAGAGGGCUGUUUUCAUGCAGUCCUCAUCAACAACUACAUCAACGUCAGGUACUGGCCCUGUUCAAACUCAAGCUCACAGCGUCAGUACCAUGUCAGAACAAGUGUCAAAGAAAGUUGAUGAUGAACCAGCGAUACAGAUGCAGUCUGAACACAAACAGGAAGUCCAUAGAAUAAAUGAUGAAUCAUCUGUUAAAACAGAAAGCUCAGUUUCUGUGUCACAAGGAGGAGACGAGAGAAAGGAAACUAUUAAGUCUACCAGUGGCACAAACUUAGCUCUCUCUGGUCAAGCACCGGCAGUAGGUGGUCUAGCAAAACCUACACGAAAGUCGACUGCACCUCGUUUUGUGACGCCACUGAAUGGGAAAAUUGUAGAUCAAGGGGCUGAUAUUCUUCUAGAGGGAAUUCUUGAUGGCUUCCCUACUCCGACCAUCACCUGGACCAAAAAUGGAGUUGAUUUGACCUCCAUCCCAGAAGCAGCCUCCAUCACCACUUCAUGGGAAUUGAACCGCGUUCGCUUGGAAAUGAAAAACGUGUCUGUGAAGGACGCAGGCAGGUACACCUGCCGUGCAGACAACCCGGUGGGCUCAGCUUCCAGCACUGCAGAUAUCAUCGUCAAAAAGACCGUGUUCCCACCUGUGAUGGGGAAGAGGCUACAAGUGCAACAGGCGCGGGUUGGCGAGCGCGUCGCUAUGGAGGUGGAGGUCACUGGCCUCCCCGAGCCCACAAUCACGUGGAGCAAGGACGGGUUGCCUCUCAGCGCCUACCCGCACCUGGAAAUCCGAACUCGAACCCAAGGAAACUGUUACACCCUUGUUAUUGAUAAAGCCACUCUGGCUCAUGCUGGUAACUAUGCUGUGCGGGCCACCAAUGCGGGUGGAGAGGCAAACUCCUCUGCGGAUGUGGCAGUGUGGGAGGCUCUCCCUGAUGAACUCAUGGACCAACAGCAGCGCGACGUGAUUUUCAGAGACCUUAUGGACUUCCCUGCAGUGCAGAAGCACGAAAGUUUCCAGACCUCCAAACAAAGUUUUCUUCAGACUGGUGGUUCAUCUUCAUCAUUAGUAUCCAGAGAAGUGCCAGUGUCAAUUAUUUCUUCCCCUGCCAACUCUGUACCUGCUGCAGCUAGACCAGCUGAGUCUCUUAAUAUCUCUGAAACAACAAAAACUGAAAAGCAUUUCUCUGUCAAAGUUGACCGCACUUCUUCUCCAAUGCUUGUGAAGCCCGUCACUGAGACUCAAGCCAAAGUCACUACAAGCACCUUUUCUCUGGGCCCUGAGCACAAAGAGACAAAUAUUCCUGUAAUGCCAGAAAAGUCCAUUACUGUCGUUCACUCUAGGUCAGAGCUGGACUCUCUGAAUCUCCUUCCAAAAACAAGUGAUUUGACGUUUGAGAAACAGUCAGGAACUGGAGCUGGCGAUGAAGACAGCACCAUCGACAGUUCAUCAAUCCCCACGCAAACUGCCCUUCAGUUCUUUAUGUCAAAAAUCAAGGAGAGUGAAGACACAGGUGUAAGCAGGCCACUGGAACCCAAGGAGCCCGUGUCUGUUCCAACUCCUCAAAAGCUGACAGAAAAAAUAAGCCUGUUUGAGCGCCGAGAACAAGAGGAGUUCUCUCAGCCUAAAUCUCCAGAGCUCAAAGAACCAAUCCCAGUCACUAAAUUAUCUGAUAAGAUCAGCCUGUUUGAAAAAUAUGAGGGGAAACCAGAAGCUAGAGAGGAAACAAAGAAAUUCGAAGAGCAAAUUUGGAAAUCGUACAAGCAGGAGCCUGUGCCCGAACCUCAACCAGCGGCCAGUUUACCCGAAUUCACAGAACCUUACAUGCCUGGAAAGCAAGUCAAAACAGAAAUCCAACACUCGCGGGUGGUGCAGCAAGAGACCAAGACCUGGUCCGGAACGAUCCAAGUCCCUGGUAAAAUUGUACCGAGCUCCUACACUCAGCCCAUUACCUUCAAGGAGGAGUCCAAGACGGCGUCCUAUCAGAAGAGCUUUGUCAGCCCGGACGCAGCCCCCGUGCCUUUCCCGGACGAGUUCGGACUGCGGCCGGAGCCCCCUCCGGAAAUGUGCUACACGCCCAAGCCAGAGCGGGCCACCAAGGUGCGGGAGGACAUGGCCGAGAGGGUGAAGAAGCUGCAAGACUCUCAGAAGUCUCUCGACCCCCUGCAAGUGCCGACCGGGGCCGUCAGGAUAUUCCCCGCACCUGCGCCGUCCUCUCAGCCAACAACCCCGCAGCCCCCGCGCGCCCAACCUGCUCGGCCUGAACCCGUGCAGCCGCAGGUGCAGGUGCAGCCGCAGGUGCAGCCGCAGGUGCAGCCGCAGCCGUCGGGCGCCCACACACCCUCCUUCUUGUGGCCGAGCGAGCGCGCGCCGGCCCCGGCCCGCGCCCCGGAGAGGCUGGAGGAAGCCAAGGAGGAGCCCGUGGUCCGGCAGCAAGUCACCAUAGACGACACGCGGUUGAAAAAAAACGCGGAGACGGUAGGAGGCGGCGUCUGGACAACUCCAACUGCUGCUGCAGCUGAAGUGCCGCCCCUACCGGUCACCAACAACACGUCCAUGUCCAGUUUCACAUCAAUGAGCUCCUCGUCGUUCCAGCAGACGAGGAGCUACGAGAAGAGCGGCAGCUCCGUGGAGCAGCACCUGGGGCCGAUCCUGCGGCCCGCCGCGGCCGACGUGCCCUUGAGAGCCACCUCCCCCCGCCCGGCUGCCGAAGCCAUCAGUAUGGAAAGACUGUGGACGAGUCAUCGAACUUCCGAGUCGGAGAAGACGGCCUUCGCGCCCGUGUCGCCAGCAGUGCCCGCCCCGAAGCCCGCCCCGCGGCCGGUGUCGGACGGCUACACGAUGAGCAGCAGGGACUUCUCCUCGGAAGCGAGCAUGUACUCGGAGCAGACGCGUGGCCCCUCUCCCAGACCUUCUCACGAAGGUCUUGCCAUGGAGAAACUGUGGGCGCCACACAAGCCGGCGGACGUGGCCCCUCCUUUCGCUCAGGACCGCCCCGUGUCCCCGCGGCCCUCGGUCAAGCGCAGCUGGCCGCCGCCCAAGCCCUCCGAGGUGGAGAAGAUCUCCAUCCCCUGGGCGCCACAGAACGAGCCGGAGAAGGUGUGGAGCCCCGAAGCCGACCUGAGGAUGGAGAGGUUCGAGUUCGAGAGGAAGGAAACCAAGCAACAAGCCGAGGUGGUCGAGGGCUUCAGGCCCGUGGCUGCCCCCAAACCGCUGCCCGACCUGCCGCAGCCGCAAGCCUUUGUGCCUGUGGCCGCCCCCAAACCGUUGUCUGAUCUGCCGCAACCCCAGACCUUCGUGCCUGUGCAGCUUCCGCAUUCGACUGUGCACGAUGUCGUCUCGGAGACCAGGUCCGAGCAAUUCGAGUCUUCGUGGAGUAAGACCGCCUCCUCCACCGAGCAGCAGUCUUCCAUCGUGGAAGAAAAGCACAUAAAACCUUCAGAGGCAAAGAAGAUCUGGCCGCCAAACAAACCCGAGUACGACCUGCAAGCCCCAUUCAUGGUGAAGAAGAUACAAAAGCGCGAGUCUCGGCAAGUGAAGGUGCAAGCGCCCGCGCCGGAGCCGCCCCUCUACCUGGAGCCCGGGCCGCCGCCCGAGAUGGGCUUUGCGGCGCCGCCUUCGGAGCGCAGGAGGUCCAUGGUCGAGUCCAUCGAGGAGGACUUGGAGAAGAGCUUGGAGAAGGAGCUCACCAAAGUGGUGCCCGGAGGGGUUCGUGUCAUCCCGCUGCCGCAUUCCAAGAGCCACACUGCCGAAGAGUCUCACUCGUGGAAACAGGAAAAGUCCAGCUUUCUGGAGAAGAAAACGACCACGAGCUUGUCAAGGAAGGAGGAAUCGUUUCAGUCGUCCUCGUCCGUAUCCGCCCCGCUGGAGCCGGAGCGGCCGAGGGUGCAGUCUGGCCCUCCCCCGCCAAUGCCCGCCAAGUUCGUCAAGAGCGACUUCGGGGGCAGUGACUACGAGAGCGACCUGGAGACGAGCAGGAUCUCGGCCAAGUGGCGGCCGGCCGGCAGCGACAACGAGGAGCCCGCCUACCGCCGAGUACGCCCCCCGUCCGCCCCCGCACUCUUUGCAUACCAGCCCGCCCCUACGCCUGCUCUUCAGCUUGAGCUCCAGCCUGCGCCCGCCCCGCCCAGCCUGGAGUCCCGGCGCACAUCCUCCCGCAUCUCGUCGAGCAUCGCCUCGACCCAGUCCCGGUUCGCGCAGCGCUCCUCGGCGCCAGCCUACGUCGCGCCCGCCGCCACGGCCCCGGCCGCCGCCGCCGCCACGGCCCCCCUCGACCUCAAGCCAGGCUCCCCUCCCGAGUUUGUGCAGCCCUUGCCGGAGAAGCCGGCCCUCAAGACCCCCGACUCCCCGAAAAGUAAACACAAGACGGUGCGGGUGGUGGUGCCCGGCGGGCCCGUCGCGCCCGGGCCGGCCGAGAGCGGCUACAUGGCCGACACGGACGAGCCGCACAGCCUGCGCAGGCCCAGGUUAAGGUCGCCGCCGCAGCUCGCGGACCAGAAGUACGAGUCCCGCAGUGUGUUGGAGUCCUCCUCUCGCAUGUCCAGCAUGGUGACCAGGACCGAGCAGAGCAUGUCCUCCAUGUCUUCCUCCUCGUGUCAGACGGUGCCCAAGGCGGCCCCGGCCCCGGUCCUCCCCACAAGCGUUGCCCGUUCCUUCAAUAAGACCAGUCAGCGUCAUGAGCGGAAAUCCACCAAUGUGUCUGCAUUCAAGGAGGUGGUCCCGCCGCCCUUCUGUGCCGCUGCCCAGCCGGCGCCCCAGUGGCAGCAGCUUCCUGUGGAACCCGCCGCCCCCGCGGCCCCUGUCGCCGCCCCUGCGCCCGCCGCCGCCGCGCCCGGUGCUGCUCGGGCUGGGCCUAAGCGCGCCGCGGGACCUCUACCGCGCAGCCCCUCCAAGUUCAUCAAGGGCGAGUUUAGGGAGAGCGACUACGAGAGCGACUACGACAACCGCAUUCCUGCGGUAUGGCGACCUGCCGACGACGCGGACGGUGCCGGCGCCGCCCUCGCCUCCGCGCCCGCCGCGUACCGACCCGUUCGCCCCGUGCUCACGCCCACGGCCUGCGCCGGGGGCCGACCUGUCGGCCGAACUCCCACUCCACCGACUGAGUUUGACCACCCUCCGCACUUUGGCGGACCUCCGCGACCCAAGUUCGAGCCCAUUGAGAAGCAGCCCGUGGCAGCCGUGAAGCAGCCCAGCCGGCCGAAGCAGCCCUCCCAGCCCGUGCACGUCCCCGUCUUCAAACCCAAACCCAUCCAGGCGCGGCCGCCGGAGAGGGUCGAGACGCUGGUCGCGGCCCCGGUGCCCGCCGUGCGCCGCGGCCCGCCCCCUCAGGUCCUGUACGCGCCCCCCGGCAACGCCAUCCCCCCUAACACGAUGCACGAGACGUCCCAGUCCAUGAGUUUUGCCGAAGCCACCGAGACGAGUCGACGUGUCGUCAGCAUGCAGCAGACGACACGAGUCAUCAAGUUCAACGAGAAACAGCAGCAGCAGCAGCAGCAGCAGCAGCGGCAGCAGCAGCUGAGUAGGACGGAGACGGCCACAGAGCCCUUCCCCUUCCACGCCGAGCCCGAUCACGCCCACGUCAGGCGCACGACGGGCACCACACCGCCGCCCCCCAAGCCCACCAGGUUCGUGCCCGGUGAGUUCCGGGAGAGCGACUACGAGAGCGAGCUGGAGGCGGUGCGGUUCCGGGCCAAGUGGGCGCCCAACGACAGCGACACGGACGAGCCGCACUACCGCAAGGUGCGGCCGCCGCCGCCCGCGCUGCACCCGCCGCGCUGCUCCAGCGUGCCCGCCGAGACACCCGACUUCUCGCUGCCCGCCUACGUGCCCGCGCCCGCGCCCCAGCAGCCCGUGCAGCCCCAGCCCAUGUACGCGGCCACGGCUGCACAGACCGGCCACUCGGUCGAGUACCAGGCCGAGCAGAAGCGGCUGCAGCGGGUGGACGAGAUGCGGCGGCGGUUCGAAGAGAGGAGGUCCACGACCAGCUCCGAGAUUCAGACGUCGCAGAACACCAAGAGCCUCCGCCGUCUGUCUGCGCCCAUCGGGUACGAGGUCGACCUGGUUCCUGGACCUCCCCCUGUCAUAGCUUAUGCGGGACCCAAAGUUCCUCCCCAGGCGGAAUACAUAGCCUCAAGGCACAUGAAUGAAAUGACUCAGACCUUCAAAUCAAAAGCUCAAAGGUUUGUCAAUGACAUCAUGACAGAUUCAACAACUAAAACAGUUGCUUGCAAACCGGAAAAACCAAUAUUAAAGAAAACAAGCUCAACGGCGGACACCAAAGCACUCGCUCAGAAUGGAGAUGAAUCACAGGCCUACAGGGAAGAAUCAAGAGUUGCUGAGUAUGGAACAAAGCACAUCGACCCUGAUACUGGUCUCAUCUAUUUCAAGUAUGACUUUGGGUAUGAGUUUGGCAUAAUUCUGCCGGGAGAAGGGAAAGCUACGAACGGAAAAAGUUCAACAACUGUAAAGAGAGCCAGAAUUGAACGCUCUCUCUCUAAGGAUGAAGGUGGCGUGGAUUUCCCUGUGCUGCAUGAGAAGAGUGGAAAUCCAGUCAAGGGUUUUAGUAAAACCACUGAGGACAUCAAGACUGUACCCCAGUUCCGCCCCAAGAAAUUCACUCAUUUCAAAAGUGUCAAAUGGGAACCUACCUCGGAAAGCGAAAUGUCUGAAGCUGAAACCGAUGCCAAUCGGUGGAAACGAUACAGUUUGCCUCAGCCGCUAUCAGCUAUAGAUAUUCCUGGGGGAGAUAUGAACACCCCAAGUCCAGUUUCUUUGUCUCCUAGCGUUCCAAGUCUCUCUCCUCAUACUUCUGGCGCUACUCCUGGGCUUGAUUCUUCAGGUAGAGCUUCGUUAGGGAGCUCUCCCUGGACAGCAGUAGGAGGAAAGGGAUACAAACCGGGCCAGGUUGUCAAUACUACUGGGCUGCCAAUAAAUUCUGGAACAGAAACCCAACAGCAAAAAUCCCCAGUUUUCAUUACGCCAUUAAGAGACAUCGCUGUUGUCAAUGGUCAAACUGCUCGAUUUGAGUGCAUCGUGCAAGCGGAACCUCUGCCAAAUAUCCUGUGGUCAAAAGAUGGGAGAAUCCUCGAGAAUUCACCUAACACCCAGGUUCAAUUCCGAAAUGGUGUUUGUCGUCUUGCUGUUACCAACGCCACUGCUGUUGACGCAGGAACCUACAUUUGCACAGCUACUAACAGAGCCGGUACAUCUGCAACAACUGCAACACUCUUAGUUCCAGGUGAGAGGAAAACUUCUCUCAAUAGUAGGUCUUGAAAUUGUCAUGUUAUCAUGCAGUGCACAUGGGGAAUGUCCUUCUUUAAUUUCUAUUCCAAGCACUUAAUACAGUUAAGGCUGCUGUCACAAUUUAGUUUUCUGUAAAGAAAUACAGAAUUUAUGUUGACUUGCUAUGAAAUUCCAUUUUAUUCUGCAAGUCUAUGGUGUGGGAGUCUCUAUUUUCUGUUCAUGUUUCACUAAUGUGCUGUUCUAGUCAUGUAUCAGAAACGCUUAUGGUUUGUUGUUACUACUUUCUGUACAAAAUUAUUGGGUUAUUUUAUGUUUCCAUAUUUUAACUUUUGUAGUAUUUUACCCCUGAAGUACGUAUUGUUAGCAUUAACUUCUACGUUGAAGUUAUAUUGUUUACUUUAUGGCAGUAAUGCCUGUUUUGUUUAUUUUCACUGGUUGAACCGUUCUUUUCUGUUUAAAAGGUGCACUGUUAAGUGCAUCAUCAAUUGAGACAGUGUUUAUGUCCAAAGUUGUGUGAUGCGCUGGUGCAUUCAUUUAUCUGGUUUAUAUGCAGUUAUCAUACUGGUUGUGAAAAAACUGCCAGUUUUUGGGUGACAUUAUUUACUUUGCAUGACAUCUUUCUUUUGACCUAUGUAUUUGUAUACUCUCUGUAUGGAAGCAUGUGGUAUUCUUUGGGAAUAUCUAUCUAUUCUUACCUUGGUUAAGGUAUAUCUUUUGUAGUUUCUUUGCUUUCUUUUCAAAGCUCUGGAUUAGAUUCACUUCCUGCCCUUUCAUCAUUAGAUAUUUUUCUGACUUUGUUAUGAAAGAAAUUUUACUCAUUUCUGUGUCACCAACUUUGUCAAAGAAUAAAGUUAUAUCUGAUGAUGAGAGGGCUCUCUUAUUGGUGUUCUUCUUGUUACUUUUCUAUAAUGCUGGCUGUUUGUUGUACUGAUGGAAUAUCGGGUAUGCUUUUUAUUAAACGGUGAUUUUGAAGCA